AUGGGAGGCGGCGGGCGGGCGCGGCAGAACGCGAUCCGGUCGGCCAUCGUGGUGCUGGGCUCCGCCGCCUUCGGCUACCUCUCCUACCGCGUCGGGUUCAAGCCCUACCUCGACCGCGCUCAGGAGGCCAUGGACUCCCACCACAACUCCGACGACGCCGCCGAACAGCCUGAUCACCCCGGUGGGGAUGGCGACCUCCCGCCGUCCAGGGACCCGGCCGUCGUGCUCCGCGACUGAAUCGCGUAGCUACGCCCGUACCUUCAGCAGCGGUCCGGCUGGUUGUGGCAUUUCGUCGAACGCUUUGUAAGCAUGUCGUAACGGAAGCUUCGUGCUGUUUCUGUUGUUGAUGGCACCGAAAUUUCCAUGCUGUGAUCUCUAUUGUUUUAAACGAGCUUGUUUGCCAAAUAAGGCUUAGU